AUGCAUUCUGAAUAUGUGCGGCUUGGUACCGUGUAUUUACUCCCACGGUCAAAACCAGUACCAUCUGAGCUGGUGUCGGAGUGGGUUGUAAACCACUACGAUUGUCCCUUUGUAUAUGAUUCGGAUAAGCGAAUAUUCUUCCCUAAUUGUUAUGAGGCCAGUGAGUAUGCGGAUUACUCGAACAUGUGUCGCCAAUCCCCCAUUCAAAUGGUAUUUGCCUCACCUUUCGCUAAUGAUGAAGACGCAUAUUACAAAUGCGAUUCGGACACACGUAUCAGGUAUAUUCAACAACGUCAAAAUUUCACUUUUGUGAUUGACGCCAGCCUAUCUUUACGAAGUUCAAACGAUAAGGGAAAGACAUUCCUCAGUGAUGCCAUUGAUACGAUGCGCGUGCUAAUGCACAACUUAGCUCCUCGUAAAUCUUUGGUGUUGCCUGGAUCGGGACACCUGUUAUCAAACACAGAGGCCAUUGUUACCAUCAUUUCCGUGCUUCCCGGCUCCCAUUGUUGCACUCUGGUUUCAGGUUGGCGUGUUUGUUUUGAUGAUGUGGAUUCCAAACUUUCUCGUAUGGUUAGAGCUAUUCUGAAAGUUGCCGAAGACCUAACUAAAAAACAGGUCCGUGAACCACACUGCGCUUAUAAUACUUGUAACUCACUAGUUGAUUUGCUUAAACACGGCAUCCUUGCUUCGUCACUAUUUGCUGAUGAUUACGGGACCUCGUCCGUUGUUCUUUUCACUGACGGUGCCUUCUCAGUGAACAAUUUUGAAGUCCUUGACAGAUCUUUGACCCAUUUGAGAUCGGAACGGGUUCGCUGCUGUUUUGUCCUACUAAAUGCGCCUCAGUUCUUCUCCUCAGUAGACCCAGAGGAAGGCGCAGCGUUUGACUUCGUAAUGCGCCUGGGAUCCUGUGUUCCUCAGGUAGACUUGUGCACCUUUUUGGCUCAGUCUACGGAUGGUUUUGUUUUGAAUGCCUCGACAGAAGUGCUGCCGUUCUCUGGCGAUGUGAUGAGUACAAAGUGGAAUAAUUUAUCAGAGGUGCUUUGGACCAUUCCCGUGACUCGGACACGAUCAGAUGACAAGUUGCCGGGUGAUCUUCGCUGGGAACCUGUAGGAAUGUUACAACUGCAGAAGAAAGUCAUACAUGUACCUGUAUCCGCUGUACUUGCAGCCAGACUGCGCGAUGGGUACAGGCUGUGUAAGGUUUGUUCGGUCUCCAACCGGAAUGAUAACUGUAGCGAAGUGACGGAACCCCCUGCCAAACGCGAACCUACAUGCUCUCUGGAACUCAUUCAAAUUGAGCUUGAAAUGCCUUGGAAAGUUGGGAUUAGCUUUCAUGUGAUUGUAUGUGGUCUUUGGCACGAGUUCAAUGACAAGGGCGAACACGACAAUUUACAGAAGUUAUCCCCCCUCCAACUUCACAAUCAAUAUGCGGAACCGGCCGAAAAAGAUGUUAUCUGUUCGGGACUAGCUGCACAGACGGAAGAAAGUCAAACUUCACUUGAUUGGAUACGUAAUCGCUCCCAGUGCCAUGUGACGUUUUUCCUGCGUGCCAACUAUUCCCUUCUUCAGCAAGCAACGGUGCGACCAAGAAAAUCAGGACAACAACCUACCCGUGCUACUCUUUUUAGCCGAUUCAUCACCUACCACCGCCAGCUGUCAGUUACUGAUAAGCAACUGGAGCACGUUUUAAGAUUUUUCUCCAGCUGUCACCUUGCUGUCGUACCGGAGGAUUUCCGCUCGGCUAGGUCUGCUGCUUUCAGCUUACUGGUUGAUGCCAGUGGUAAGCACAUGGUGGUCGAGAAUGAUCAACAUCAUGAAGGUGAUAGUAAAUCUGCACAGAGUCCUACUGUUUCGGAAUUUUUGCACUACUGGCGCAUGUUCAUUGAACUCGAUCUACUCGAAUGUUACCGCUGGAUGAAUGUGCACAGUAUCUAUGGCAUACUGGAAUACGAUUCACAGCUUCCGACUAAUCUUCAUCUCCCUUCCGAUAGCAACCGAUACACAGUCUCUAUCACAUGUCGCCAGUCGUUGGACCUCUUAUACGAAUCACUUACCGAUUGGUGCAGUUUUGUCUUGCUCGAGAAUAACACGUACGUCAAAUUUUUGUGUUUUGAUCCUCUUACUCACUUUGUCAGUUGCGAACCACCACCCAUAAAGACAGAUUCUUCAACCCCAGAUACUCAAGAUCUUUCAAGUGGAGCUGCCCAAAUCACAAACUCUCUGGAGGAGCGACAUUGUUUUUGCAUUGUUCGGGUUGAGGUCAGACCACCGGAGUUUCGAGUUAGACUUGGAUUUAUAAUUGGCACUCCUGUUCGACUACAAUCCGAAGUGAUUCAACAGCUUACUCAGCAGAUCAAAGCUAUUCACUUCCCACAACGAGGUCGGCAAGCAAUACCGAAGUCGAGACACAAGUCAGGUGCUUUACUGAUUCCAACCGAAGCUACGCACGUACCUCCGCUCCAACGAUCUUGGGAAGAAACAUCUUGUUGCCACUUAUUCCACACUCGUUUAGAUCGAUUAGUCUUGAAUAGAGGUUUACUGACGAAUACCUCAAUUGUGGGACCAAACGUCGGACUGAAGCGGAAAGGGUUCUUAGGCAAGAGGAAUGUUACCCGCAAGACUAACGUCUCCACGCGAAAGACUUUGACGCAACGAAGACUGAUGACUAACCCGUUGGUAAACGCUUUUGCUCGUCCCAAUUUAGAGUUUAACCUUCUCAAGCAUCACCUUCAUCACGAAAGCCAAGUGUGGGUCAUUCAGCCAGUCGCUUUGGCAGUCGAAGGCUUGCGAACAUUAUUUUCUAGUUUAAUAAAUUUACGUUUGCAGGAGGGGUUUCACCUUGCACGUGUUGGGCCACAGCCCGGAUUUGUAUGUCUGCUUGCAGAAGUUGAGAUGCAGUCUGGGAAUUCUCUCGGUUUACAGUCAUGCUUGGUCCAAUACCUACUGUAUCCCUUCGUGGAUGUCCGUUCAAAUGAAGCUGUCGAAUCGUCGGGCUCGUUUCAAACUUCUAGUGUCAGUCCAAUCAGAGACACCAUAGCACAUAUCAUUCAAAGGGAAGUAGAACUUUGCAAGCGUCCUAUACACAUGGAAGGCAAUGUAACCUCAAUAUUCGACGUGGUGUUUUAUGAGUCAUUUGGUCUCACAUCUCCGUUUAAACUUAUUCAAGUCGUGGCAGAAGUUUGGAUUCAGCCAAUUGAAGGCCAUAUCGUUGAUCCGCCGCAAGAAGUCGUGCACUGGACUGGUGCUCGAUUCGACCAAGUGGCGCCACGGAUCUUUGAAGUCGACGAACGGUGUCUCACAAACUACGUAACUCUGGAACGUUUGUUUACCUUGGUAAAAUCACCAAUGAAAAGCCCAAUCCAACUACCAGUAUUCUGUCUAUCGUCUUCAGUUUCGGUUCCAGAUCUACUUGGUUGUUUGAAGUCUGAUGUCCAAAUUUGCUGGGCUCAGUCGGACAUAAUUAGACUUACCUCCACCUCACCUCAAGUUACAUUGCUUCAUUCCCUGAUAAGCGAGUCUGAUCCUCUUGUACGUAAACAUCAGUCUGAAGAAACCUCGUGCUAUACUGAUUUGGAUCAGCAGGAUGAUGACCAGCUCUUCACCUCCUUAUGUUGUGCCAUACUGCGAGAUAGAUCGUUUAUCGAAAUUAAUCUAUCAGCAAAGGAAUGCGAAGGUUACACUAUUCACCUCAUGCACCGCAUGGGGUUGUCUCCUAAUCUAGAGCCUAACGCCUAUCCCAAGUGGCGUUGUUUUGUUGCGCUUGGUUCACUUACGUGUCAUCACUCCGACCUGCGGUUUACCUCAGAAGAUCCCAACUCUAAAGCUGUGAUCACCGUACUGUUCGUACCGGCAUCUACUGGUGACUGUCGACAUCCACUAUUAGAAUUAGUUGUCAAGUUUCAGUUAGAGCUUUUGAAUUCCCGUCGAAGUGCAGGCAGUUGUUUUCCUGUUUUCGUAUAUGCAUGUAGCCGACCAUAUCUUUCCUUCCUCAUAGAUGAUCGCUGGACGUACAAGGUUCCACCCGACUCUGUUUUUGAGGUUUUAGACUAUCACAAUGACACUGCUGUUGAACUAAUAAUUUCAACGGACGACGGUUCUGUAUUGUGCCCGACAAUUCCUGCAAAUCCUCCUGAUGCCUUCCUUGGUGCCGGUUGCCAGAACCCGCGUUUGACUUCUGAAUUGAGUAUUUUGUGGCGUGCACUACAUUGUGCUACUGACCAUGUUUCGAAAUCCCACCUGGACGCGUUUGUGUCAACCGUUUAUCGUUGUUUAGUCUUGCAACUUCCUGUGGCACCCGUGGAUAUUCAGUCUGUUUUGAGUUUUUUACAGCGGACUGCACGUGUCAAGCCGAUCUCUUUGAACGUAACCUCGUUCCUCUAUUGCUGUUGCACUCAUUUUUUCGAAUUGAUACUAGAAAAACACACUACCAGACAAGAAGUAAUUUCGGACUUUUCAACUCUGUUGAGUGGAGAUCAGUACGGUCUUCUUGAACCAAACACACAUGGGUUGUACCUUUCUGUCCACAAGUCAAGAACUGAACAGCCCUGUACCCAUAGUAAGUGCGAUCCCAUUGUCCAGUUAUUUGAACGAUUUACUCAUCAACUACCGGGACAUCCUGGUGUAUUCAUAAUGAAGAAUAGAUGUCGAGAUAUUGGACCAAACCGUAUAUCCACUCCUGCCCCUUCUGGUCCUUGUUUUGGAAACUCGACAAAGCCUAGACCUACCUGGAGUGUCGUUUCCGACUUCCCAACUACCGGCGAAAUACCUUUGAAUUCUGAAGAAAGCGACACGAGUGAAAGUCUUUCCAGUAUGAGUGAAGCACAAGAGAAGGUAACAGGAUGUGUAACUAAGCGAAUUUCCACACGAUUCGCAUCGGAUUUUCUACUUGAAAACGUUUUGAAAUGGUUCUCCUGUGAACUACAGGAUGACGAAGAUAUGACGCUUUUCGUCCAGCUUCGAGCAGUAUUGACUUACGGAAGAGGUUCGGUCGAGCUUUACUUGCACGACGGCUUGCCACUGUUUUGCAUGAACCGGUUUGUCGCUUCCUUAGAAAAGCUUGUACUAAGUGAACAUGGAACCCGAGCACCUUCAACUUCGGUUGAGUCAGCUGAUUGGUUUGAAUUCAAUGCUUCCUUACUUCAGCUGCGACUGGAAGUCACGCCGAUAAUUUGGUUACCACAAAUACCCGAUAAUUUGUCGGCACAUGACAUGGUAUUCGAUGACACUUCAACGAGCCAAACGCUGUGUCCUACCGAGCCUGCAGCAUGUGAGCGGGUCGACAAAUCACUGUCCACUUCAUAUUUUCAUUGUACAACGCUGUCAGCUGACCAAGUAUCAGAGGUGCUUGCGCACUGGACAAAGCGAUCUGAAUUAGCCUUGUUCAAUCCUUCACAGGUAGCAACACUUUGUCGGUUCAUUUUUCGUGUGUCUUGGGAAAUGAAGGACGCAAUUGUUUGUGCCCUCCGCUCCCUGAUUCCGGUCUCCGAAUCAGCAGUUCAUGUGGUUCUUCGCCACAUUGAAGAUACACAAAAACUGAUCAUCACUCCUUUAUUUGACUACUACAGAAAUGGACGAAAUGACUCCCAUUCAGUUACUACUGAUCUUGCUCAUUUUACGGAGGGCAAAUCAGUAUCAACAGUCCACAAUGUAGUUCACGGUGAUGAUUCGUCACCUCCAACGCGUCUUCCGAAAAUUACAAUGCAUCCUGCGGAGACAAUCAUCUUUAAUCGCGUCCGUUUAGACUUCGUAACUUACAGCUCCGAAGUUUUUGACCUCUUUCUCCGUCGAUUUGAGGCUCAGUCUUUUCUCAGCACCAAGGCUUGUUUGGAAUAUUUGAAUGGAGCCUAUUUCCUCAGAUUAGUUAACACAAGUUCAGAAACUUCGGCUGUAACCACAGUUGUUGAUCAGACACUAUCUGAAGGCAGAUACGGCCAUAAUGCCCAUUCUACAGUUUCAGAAUUUUCAGAUAGCUCCGAGUUUCCUUCUGCCUCAGGGGAAAACGCGGCGACUUUUCCCGCUCAUCAAGUGACUCUCCUAAAGCGUACAACAGCGUCGCUUGUUGCGGAAACUACCAACUUUCAGUCGCCGCAUAAAGGUCAACGGUAUUUUUCAGGAAAUAUACCGGAAAAGAAUGAUAGUUCACAAGCUGCUUCUCGGUUGUGCUUAAAAUCGUGUGGACGCAAUUCGUCCUCUUCGACACUUUCAACUAGUCAUGGCUAUGAAGGAGGCUCUAGCGAUGUAGAGUCCAUACCUACUGAAGAGCGCUUUGAACAAUCUCUCUGUCAUCCCCUUAAAAGUGAAUUUGGUGGUAGUGCUGUGCCUAAUUCCUUGUCGGUCCACACCAUCGUCUCGUCCCAGACCAACGAGCACCUUGUUCCCUAUAGAUUGCCUCCCUAUUGGAUGCUUUUUCGUGUGUCCACUAACUCGGUUUCCGUAUUUUUUCAUCAUACGGACUCUCAUUACAAACACGACUACUGUGGUUCAGUUCAUCGUCAUGGCUCUCAUCAACAAGCUCAAGCAUCAACGGGCAGUACGCUUUGCUGCACAGAGAACCGGCUCUUGUCGCCGACAUCUUGUCAAUACUGCAUCACCUUUCAUUUGAUUGUCAGAAGCAUUCGUGGCGUCCUUCGGUGGGUAAAUCAGAAAAUGCUUCUGGAGAAACUCAGAACAGAACGCAUUUGUGAUGUACUUUUAGUCCCUGAUGCUACCUCUUCGGAACCCCCGCAAACCAAUGGUUCGCUUGUUUUACGGCCACACAAAGGAACGAACAGACUAUUAUCCACCAAGUGUAGGAAUGGCAACUUGUUAUACUCCGGAUCAAGACACGUUCCAGGAGCUGUUCACUCUGCAGCCUCUACUAUAGUGGACCAUCAACGCGUUAAAACUUCAUUCGAAGAAGUUGCACCAAGGACCACGGUCGCGGGUGAUGCUUUACGUUCGUCUAUCCAAGUGCACCAUGUGAAGACAAACCGGUGGACAUCAAUUUCGAGUGCCUUAUAUGGUUCUCCAUCUUUUUGGUAUCCCGGAUAUUUUGCCUGUCCUGUUCAAAUAACUGACCGUAUUCGCUUACACCCUCGUGUGUUUUCUGCCACCAGCAUUCCACAACCUGGUCUGCCAACUGAAAAGGGGAAACGGAUUGUGGCCGCCUUGAGGAAAAGGUUGGAAAAACCAGCGAUCUACAAUCAACCUGAUAUGUUUUUCCUGAUUGAUUUUGGCUCACGGUCAUCGCCUGUGGGCUCAAGAGCUCAAGGCUUUUUUAAAUCAACUCCGGACUCUGUUGACUUGGAUGGCGAUCCAGUUUUUUACAUGCAACUAACGGUUGAGCAGCUAGAAUCCCAGAGUACCGUACCCCCUCGUCUGGAAAAGUCGGCGAUCUUGAAAAAUCAAUCCUGCGAAUUAGCGUCAUCAUUCUUGUCUUUACAUGAGCCAGAAAGUACCCACUCGUCUUCAGGGCCAAAACGGCAUAGAAUUUUGUCCGAAAAGGCGGAACUCGAUCAUUUUCUGCAAUAUACCUUACGUGGAAUUGAUAAACCAAGUCGCCAUCUGUGCAGGUCUGUUCGCGAGAUGUUACAAACUCGUUUAGAUGCACUUGUUCUGGAACAUUUUUCAGAUAGCUUGUCUCGAAACGCUGUCAAUCGGUUGUCGUCAGCCGACCUCAGCUUCUUGGUCAGUCGCCGACCACAAACACCUAAGUGUCACUGUUACGUUGCCCUACCAAAGUUUUUCCUUUCUGCCUCCGAGUUACCAUACUUGUCUUACGCUCCACCAAAACUGAUUCUGGCAUUUUGUCAUUACUUGAAACAGAAUUUAUCACUGUUUUUGCAUGCAAUCAAACUGGAUCAAGAUACCUCGUUUGGCGCUUCCGAAAUUCUGGAGCUGUUCCUCUACAACCGCCCCCGAGCGCAUGGAGUUGCAAAACCUGGCGUAGCUACAUUGGUUUUUCAACUUCUUGUGGGAUCUGAUGGCUGUGAUGGUUCUGCACAAACUCAACAUCUGACACCGCACACCAUCACGGAUUGGACUUUACCAAGUGAAUCAACGCCAUUAACCUCUUCAGCCGAGGGCACCCCAUGCCUGCCAUCAUUUGAUGAGUUACACUCCCACAUAAGGGACUAUUUCGAGAUCGCUGAGUGCGAUCUGUCAAAUAUUUUGCUGUCAAACCAACUUGUCCUGUCUAUACAAAUUUGGGAAAGGGGUGAUGCAGACAUCGAAAAUUUGAAAUACCGUGUCAAAUCGGCUGUAUUGCAUGCCUUGUACGACCUAAUGACAGAAUUUUUCGUUCUUACGACCCCCAUCAAAUUUCCACAUCAUCUCUCCGGGCCAUUUACCUCAAGAACUCCACUUACCAAUGAAGUCACCGCAGACACUGAAAGCCCACGUAGGGCUGGAACGGGUUUAUUGCAGUGGCUGAAUCCUUGCAUUCCUUCCUUGCUUCUGCCAUGGUUAAAUCACGGACAAGAGUUGGAGUCGCCGCUUGUGAUCAAGGUAUCCUUAAAGUUGUUGUCUGUUUCGUUGCUUCAUCAGCUACUGUACGAUUUUUUGCGGCCCUUCAACAACCUGAACACCUCAGAAGAUUUCAGUUCCUCCGGCAGAUUGAUAACUACCCCCAUUCAACACGGACCAACGGGACUGAACUCAGGAAACAUGAAGAUAGCAUCUCUUUGUUUGGGUGGUGUGACGUUCCUUAUUUAUAGGCAAGAUCACCAGGAUAAGAUGGUCUUUGAGCUAACUGGAUGGGAUAAACUACAAACUGCUUGUCAAACGGCUUGUCCAGGAUAUACGACAAACUACUUGAUCGUCGGUCGCAAUUUUCCCGCCUGGCGACAGUUAAUUCGACGAGGAAACAGAAAACCAAGUGGAAUCACGCCAACGGAACCAACCAGUACAUCCGUUAUGGACACGGUUGGUACCGAUUCAAAGAUACUAUCGCCCAAACCUCAAACUACCCUUACUGAGCGGUUGAGAACAGACCCUUCUCAAGAAUUGGAUGUGCUGUUGCGAAUGCAGCCGUUGCGUGUGACAUUUAAUAUCCCCGUACCGACAAAUAACUCAGAGGAACAGCCGUAUACCAAUGAAUGUCAAACUGGUGCAUCAUCAGCCUCUCACCUUAUCAAAGGAACCGUGGCUUCCACGCAACAUUCCUCUGAGGUGUUAAACUUGGUAACUCCAGGUGGUAGCAAGCUUCCUGCAUUUUGCCCCAUCGAGUUCCUUCACUCACCCUCAAUAGCAUCAGUUGCACCCUGCCCAUCGUCAAGGACAUCCGCUACAUCGGAACACUCCGUGGACAGGAAUUCUAAGCGCGACGCGAAUGCAUCACUUAUGUCCACUGCAUCUGCACCGAAUUCUACAGCAUCCGACAAAUCACAGCGGGUGACUGUCCUGGCUCCUAGGCAGACAUUUUGCCUGAUUUCAAUCGAAGGCAAGCAGAUCACUUUGUUCACUUACAACUGGUCCAAAGAGGAAUCAGAAGGUCUAAUACAGCGACUUACCGUUCUGGUUGACUGGCACAACAGCCGUCACAAGCUGUUAUCAACCGUAUCAAUGCAAAAACUGGGAUUGUUCCACCAUAUAGAUACAUCUUUCGCUCAUCCGGUAGCCACCUUGGUGCACAGCACCUGUCCGCCGGAAUUAUCCGAUGGUCAAACAACGGGCACCAUCGACAAACAGCAAACUCAGCAGCAGCUAGCCACCAAUUUAAAUCCUGUCAGCAGCCUAGGUGGGCCCAGUUUUAACGCUGGACCCACCGGCAGUCAUUCUAGACAGUAUUCUUCUCGACGACGCCACCCAACUACAGGGGUGGACUCCACUACUCCACAGUCAACGGUAACAGCAACUUCCGUAUCUGGUUGCUCCAAAAUGCUGGAUCCCAAGACAAAUGGAUUUUCGCGCUUGUUUCAAGAUUGCAACUUUAUUCCUCCGCUCGAUACAUCAGGUCCAUUGGACUUGGUCUACCGGCAUGGCCGCCAGGCUUUAACGGUUAUGGAUUUGGAUAGACGGCGUGCUCAAAAAUUAGACCUCGUCAGCUUACCGUUCCGGGCAUGGCAAGAGCGACGGAUACGCCGGAAAGCAGUAGGCUGCUGUACGGACAAGCCUGGUUCUCCGAUAUUCGAAAGGCAAGAACACUCUGCUGUUUCCCGGAGAGAAGUAGUUACAGACUCAUGCGCUGAAGCUGCACUGGACAGCGAGCCACUGCAAAAACGUCUGAAACGGUUUUCUGCAAUCCGCUUGGCUUGUCGCCACUUGCAUACGAUUUGCACACCCAUUCUUUUCUGCCCUAGUCUUCGCGCGCAGGUUGAGACAUCUGCCUCGAAGCCGAAUGUGAAGACGAGCCUGACGUCGCCUUCAAGCGCUUUGUGUGCGAAACGGUUGCGUGAUCUAGUAGCUCCCGUGUUUGGUCCAGCCACCGUUCGACGUAUACCCAGUGUUACUAGGGGCCCAAACCGAACUACUGGCAUCCGCUCAUCAUCCCGGACGAGCAAUCAAGGUUCGCCUGGUACGACUCGUUUGCCACAGUCCUCGGCAUCUCCGUGGCUUAACUGGUCACGAAGUGUACUUGUGGAUACCCUGGAGGAGUUGACUCAAAGUCGUUCCGGUGAGGACUUCUCUCCGACUGGCACAGCUCAUCGCACGACCGGUCAAACUCACGAAUGGGUUCGACAAACUGCCUUCAGUUUCCUGAGGAACUACGCAUACUAUAUUGAGAAUGGCGUGGGAUUCCGGCCGAUUCAGACGAAAGACAAGAGUACAGGAGCGCCGAAAAACGUGGGUCCGGGGGCCUAUGUGUUACUUCACCGAGUCAUUCAUCUGGCUGGUGUGCACAUAAUGGAAGUUUUCAUCCGUCGCUCCCAUCUUUAUGUGCGCUUGGGCACGAUCGAACUCGGUCGUUUUAGUCGCUAUGCAUCACGCGCUCUCAUCAGUGGCCCGUUGAGCGCUGAGGUGAUCACACAGGCCGCAGCCUCGGCUGCUAUCACAGCUGCAUCCGUGCGGAGGAAUGUCGCUGCUUCCAUCGUUCCUGUAUCCGGGACUUCGGGUCGUGAUUUGGAAGUAUCGUCUACAAGCUAUUUUCCAAACCAUUGUAUAAACGGUUUUUCAUGGGAUGAAUCCAGCCGACUGUGUGACUACACACAUAUCCAUUCGUUUUCGUAUGACUAUUAUCUCCGUGUCAUGCAGGAGUAUUUGGCUACUCGUUCGUCGUCCCGUCAGCCGUCUAUCGGCGUUGUACGCAAAGUGCCUCUUGUGAGACACGCACGUUCUACUCCAGGUGACUCACUUGGCAUCCUGGAUUAUCCGAUAGCAGACUUCCUCGCGGACUUAAACUUUUUGGUUCCACGUCCCCCAGUCUUCGCCCGGAAUUGCUUGCGAUCGAUCAAGUUAAGUCACUCUGUUGGUGCUUUUCUCCGCCCCGAGCAAGUAUUUCAUCAUCUGAUUGAGGACCACUCCAAAUACGACCUUCACAUUGUUCGCAUGACUCGAACGGGUCGGGACUCAUUCUACCAGCCAGACAAACCAUCGUUCACGUUUGGCAUUUAUGAACAGCAUCUAUCCGAACCAAGUCGCGUGAUCCCAUCACACUCAAUUCCGCCUCCUCGGCAGGGCAGUUUUUCUCUUUCCCCUUCAACAGUCUACCCCCAUGCGGACAUCGCAGCAGUUGGAUCCAACAGGGCCUCAAAUACUCCCCUCGGUGCCGUUUCUCCCAACUAUUCUCUAACCGCCAUUCUGGUAGCUGAUGAUAAGGCAAUGGAAGGUUCUCCACAAAAAGAGUCUUCCGGGCAACUGAUCCAUCUUACACUCCAUUUGUUCGCAACGGAUCCAAGUAAUCGUUUUCCUAAAUCCCGUCUUGUCAGUGCACAGGAUGUUCCGCACAUUAUUUUUUUCUGUAUUCUUCUGCCCCAUUGGCAUUUGUUCGGACGUUCUUGUCGAGCACUUAAAGUUCACUCUGUUGCUUUGAUGCUUCGUCCUUUUGUUCUUCUGUGUUCCACAAUUGAACCAUCCCUCUGA